ACGUCACCUGAAAAUACAUAACUACUCUGAACUCUCUCCUCUCUGCUCGAUUCCCAAGAAAGAAGUGAUGGCAGACACUCUCGCUGCUCUGAGGACUUUAAUGUCAUCUCACUCUCCUCCUCUUCAUGCUUUGCUCGUUCCUUCCGAAGAUUAUCAUCAGAGCGAAUAUGUAUCUGCACGUGACAAGAGGCGCGAUUUUGUCUCUGGAUUUACUGGAAGUGCUGGUAUAGCGCUAGUAACAAUGAAUGGAGCUUUUCUGUGGACGGAUGGACGCUACUUCUUGCAGGCAGCCCAGCAGCUUAGUGAGCAGUGGAAGCUCAUGCGUAUGGGAGAAGACCCUGCAGUUGAUAUCUGGAUGGCAGAUAAUCUGCCGAAGGAUGCAGCUAUUGGUGUUGAUCCAUGGUGUAUAUCAGUGGAUACUGCACAGAAAUGGGAGCGUGCUUUUGCUAAGAAACAACAAAAGUUGGUUCCAACACCUAGAAACUUGGUAGAUGAAGUCUGGAAAAAUCAGCCACCUGCCGAAACAAAUCCCUUGAUCGUGCAUCCUUUAGAAUUUGCUGGUCGCUCUGUUGCAGAUAAGUUGAAAGAUUUGAGAGAAAAGCUUGUACAGGAAAAAGCUCGUGCAAUGAUAAUAACAGCACUUGAUGAAGUUGCCUGGUUGUAUAACGUCCGUGGCACAGAUGUAUCAUAUAGCCCGGUUGUUCAUGCAUUCGCUAUUGUGACAUUGAACUCGGCCUUCUUAUAUGUGGAUAAAAGGAAGUUGUCAUCUGAGGCAAACUCUUACGUGAAGGAAAAUGGAAUUUUGGUACGGGAAUAUGGUGAAGUUAGCUCAGAUGCAGUUUUACUUGCAUCUGAUCAACUCGCUCCUUCUUCAGCCGACAAAACUCCAACUGGCAAGGCUACAGGAGAUGGUGCAGCAGAGUUUGUGAAUGACCUCAUUUGGGUUGAUCCUGGUGCAUGCUGCUUUGCUUUGUACUUGAAACUGAAUGCUGAUAAAGUCCUCCUUAAGCAGUCACCAUUGGCCCUUGCGAAAGCCCUAAAGAACCCUGUUGAGAUGGAAGGAUUGAAGAAGGCCCACAUUCGGGAUGGGGCAGCUGUCGUGCAAUAUCUCGCCUGGCUGGAUGGGCAGAUGCAGGAAAUCUAUGGGGCAUCCGGUUACUUUGCAGAGGCUGAGAGUUUGGGCAAGAACAAACUAAAGGAUACCAAAAGACUUACAGAAGUUUCUGCAAGUGAUAAGCUAGAGGAGUUACGCGCAUCUAAAGAGCAUUUUAGAGGCCUGAGUUUUCCAACUAUUUCAUCUGUUGGUUCAAAUGGAGCCAUUAUCCAUUAUUCACCCGAGGCAGAAACAUGUGCUGAACUUGAUCCAGAUCAAAUGUACUUAUGUGAUUCAGGAGCACAGUAUCUGGAUGGAACAACUGAUAUUACACGGACUGUUCAUUUUGGAAAACCUACUCCACAUGAGAAAACAUGUUACACUGCGGUUCUCAAAGGACAUAUUUCACUGGGUAAUGCACGGUUUCCCAAUGGAACAAAUGGGUAUGCUCUUGAUAUUCUUGCUCGAACUCCUUUAUGGAAGUAUGGGCUUGACUAUAGGCAUGGUACUGGUCAUGGGAUCGGGUCUUACUUAAAUGUCCAUGAAGGACCUCAUCAAAUUAGUUUCAGACCAUCAGCGCAGAAUGUGCCACUACAAGUUUCAAUGACUGUCACAGAUGAACCUGGUUACUACGAGGAUGGAAAGUUUGGUAUAAGAUUGGAGAAUGUGCUUAUUGUCAAAGACGGCAAUACUAAGUUCAACUUUGGCGGCAAGAGUUACUUGACAUUUGAGCAUAUAACUUGGGCACCAUAUCAAAGGAAAUUGAUUGAUCUGAGCCUUCUGGUGCCCGAAGAGAUCCAAUGGUUGAAUGACUACCACUCUAAAUGCUCGGAGAUCCUUGCUCCUUACUUGAAUCAAUCUGAAAUGGAAUGGCUGAAGAAGGCUACUGCACCUGUUGCAGCUUGAGAUAUUCCUCUCUAUCUCUCAAGGUUGAGUGCUCUAUUCUCGGUUCCUAGUGUAAUGCUCUUAACUCAAUAAAGUUUGUAAAUUUCAGCAUCCACUGUGCUCAUACAGCAAAAACCUACUCUUAUAAUAUGCAUUUAGUUAUUACUGCAUUUGGAGAUGGUGGUGCUGGAAAAAAGAAAGGUUAAGCUUGUAAUGGUUUUUAGUUAAGUUUUGCGCAACGUC